AUGCCUGAACCACUGAAAGACCCAAAGGAGUACCAGAAUAUCUUCCACUGGGCAGAGACGCAGAAAGAUGGAGCUAUACCUUCAUUUGGUACCAGGAAGAAUGACCCAUAUGAGUAUCAAUCUGGGUUCGGAAAUAGCUUUGAAUCAGAAGCAGUACCAGGAACUAUCCCAAAGGGUCAGAACAACCCCAGGAGUGUCAGAUUUGGACUAUAUGCGGAGCAGAUGACUGGUUCUUCUUUCGUCGCUCCAAGGCAUCUAAACAAAAAGGCGUAUCUAUAUAGGGCGCGUCCGGCCGUUGCGCAUCAAGGAUUUACGGAUCUCCCCGACAACGAAGACACCGAGUCAAACUUCCUCCCUGUGAACAAGCGUGUUCAUGUCUCUCCUACACAACUUGCGUGGCUUCCGUUCGAUACUCCCACCGAUGGCGACGUUGAUUUUGCCUCGGGUCUCAAGAGCAUUGCUGGUUCUGGCGAUCCUACGCUUCGCGAGGGUUUAGCUGUUCAUACUUAUCUUUGCAAUGCAAGCAUGAACAGGAGGGCAAUGGUAAACUCCGAUGGCGACUUCUUGAUCGUACCUCAACAAGGAGCGCUGGAUAUUCUGACUGAGUUUGGACCAAUGUACGUGCAGCCAGGCGAGAUUUGUGUCAUCCAGAGAGGACAGCGAUUCAGAGUCAAGGUCGAGGGACCAACACGCGGCUACAUUCUGGAGAUCUGGGGCUCACAGUUCCAGCUUCCUGAGCUCGGUCCCCUCGGCGCAAACGGACUUGCCAACGCUCGAGACUUUUUGCACCCGAUUGCAAAGUAUGAGAUCGAACAAGAAUCUUGGGAGAUUGUGUACAAGCUAGCCGGCAAGUUCUUCGUCAGCAAGCAAGAACAUUCGCCGUUCGACGUCGUUGCGUGGCAUGGAAACUAUGUACCGUACAAGUACGAUCUGACCAAGUUUGUCAACGUGGGCUCGAUCUCUGUUGAUCAUAUUGAUCCUUCAAUCUUCUGCGUUAUUACCGCACCUUCGCGCGAUCCGGCGGCACCGCUUGCGGAUUUCCUCAUCUUCAGUCCGCGCUGGGAUGUGGCGUCACAUACCUACCGACCGCCAUACUACCACCGUAAUGGAGCGUCUGAGCUCAUGGGUCUGAUCUACGGCGAAUAUGCAGGCCGCUCCGAUGAGUUUCAACCUGGAGGCAUCAGCUUUGAAUGCGGUUUCGUACCCCAUGGCGUUGCCUAUGAAGAGUUCAAGGCAGCUAGCGCAGCACCGCCUCCCGAGAUGCAGAUCUCUAAGGGUGCUAUUGCGUUCAUGAUGGAGAGCUCCAGAAUGUUCACUAUUACCGACUGGGCUUGGAACAGCAAGAAGAAGCACGAGCAUGACCCAAAGAUGUGGGAUAAUCUGGUAGACAACUUCUCGAAGCACAAAGAUGAGGUUGAGAAGAUUUUGGCGCAGGGCGUGAAGAAGCUGUGA